AUCUAUAUGUAUGAGUAUAUAGUCUUAGAUAAUCUAUUUUAUAAAUUUUAUAUGCAAUACUUUUAGGUAUAAGCGUUGAUCAGUAAAUAGGCACACCUAGUUUAAUUAUAUGUAUUUAUAACUAUUUUUAGUAAAAAAAUUGUAUUUGUAUGAAACAGAGUUAUGUAAAUGUAAAAGUGAAGUGUAUCGACGGUAUUUGUGAUAAUUUAUAUAGAAUAUAAUGAAUCUUUCAAAGGUGAAUACUAAAAAAAUUUUGGAAAUAACUUCUGUGAUGUGUAUGCACUUCAAAUAGUGACAAGUAAAAUCUUAUACUAGAUAUUUGUGUUUGUAAAUAAAAUAUAACAAAAAUGACAGAUUAUCAAUUCCCUGAAACUUAUUCAAUAACAAUACAAAUUACUGAAAAAUAGUAAAAUGACGUAUGUCGGAUUAAAGUAUGGCAAUAACAACAUCAGGUACCCAUAUUAAAUCAGGCCGAUACCACCUGUAACAGGUGGUCUGUUAUAAAACCAAGUGUCGAGUGUCACAAAGUCCUUCCCUUUAAUAUAAAUUUAAAAUGUCGUGGUAUUACAGUGACUCGAGCAACGAUUCCUCUAUGUGGAAUAACGAACCAACAUACACGGAACUAACGGAACUAAAACCUGAAGCUCAACCAUGGAGCAUCAUAGAGUCCCGGUUCGAUGACCUUUCCAAAACCACCGAUGGCGUAAUGUUAAGUAAAAUUUAUACCAUAGAAGUGGAGACUUCCAAAAAACCUCCAAUAGUGGUAGAAGAAUCAGAGUACAUGGUUAGUUUUACUCUGGAAGGCAAAGAAACUGUUGAACCAGAAGUUGCCAGCCAAACAGACUAUCAAACGAUUGAACCUAUAGACGAGGUGAUUAUGUGCGAGAAUGUUGAGCCGAAGAAACUCAUAAAGGAACGCAAUUCAUUGCAAACAAGCUCACCAUUUUCCGUUUUCAGCCCCUUCAAAUCCAAACCGUUAAAGAGUGUUUAUACCAAGGACGAUUUGGAAAACAUCAGUGACGUCGAAUGCAUCGAGUGCAACAAGGUGUUUUCCAAGCCUUGUUACUUGAAACAACACAUCAAAGCAAUCCACAGUGGAUACAACUUUAAGUGUGAUAUAUGUGGCAAAGCAUUUUCAACAAUGGCGGAGCUUAAAGGGCACGUAGGAAGGCAUUCGGGAAAUAAGAAGUAUAAAUGCGAAUAUUGUCCUAAACAAUAUAAUUUUAAGAAUGAUUUGGAUCGGCACAGACUUCGACACACUGUGAAAAACAGAAAACACGUUUGCAAUAUUUGUUCGAAGGGAUUUGCCAGAAGAGAUCAUAUGAUUAAUCACCGUGAAACACACAGAAUAGUAUAG